AUGGGGGACGGCAAUCAAGUUGCCGCCGACGACGACAGAGAGCUAGAAGGCGCGGUCGGUGGGGUGAUGAAGAAAACGGACCCCGAGAAGGAUCAAGUGAAGUUCAACCCCACAUUUCCAGCUGCAGCGAAGCCAGUGGACGUCGGCAGAUCGACAGGAAUCGAUCACCCAGGAAAGGGCAAACCAUCAAAAUCCGAUGAAGUAGAGUAUCUACAACAAAUGCUCGAGCAGUACAAGACGCUGUACUUAGCAGAAAAGCAGAAAAACCAGCAGCAGCCAUCGAUGCCGGAUAUUUGUGGCAGCAAAGGAGCAUACCCGAAAAUGAAGGCCGUCGAGAAUGCGGAUGAGCGUCCUGCAUCAUCAACCCCGAAGCCGACUGGGGAAAGGCAGGAUGACACCGAGAAGCUACACAAGCUGAUGUCGCAUUCAGCAACUGACGGAUCGGGGGAAGAUGUCCAAGCCGGCCAAAGGCCAACUACAGAUGGCGUAUUUGGGUUACGCCAAGGCAUCUUUCGGAGAAGCAACGUUCCAGCCGUUGGUAACGCGUCAUUUGCCACCGGAAUCCAGCGACCAAGAAGCCCAAAUGACACGGUACCUGAUGGGGCACCUAUUGGGAGUGUUGACCAUCCAGCCGUUCUUCAGAUGCGGCCUGAACCCGCCAUAUUCCCAGUAGCAGUCGGUCCCACGCCUCAACAGCUUGCCGCUCGUCAAAUUCUUCCCCGAGAUCUACCAAGCUUCUCCGGAAACCCCGCGGAUUGGCCUGUAUUCAUCAGCCAAUACACGUAUACGACCGAAGCGUGCGGCUAUAGUGACGGCGAGAAUAUGAUUCGCUUGCAGCGCUGCCUGAAGGGUGCAGCCUGGGAGGCUACAAGAAGCCGCCUGAUUCUCCCCGCAUCUGUACCCCACGUCAUUGAGUCGCUUCGUAUGCGCUAUGGGCGGUCCGAGCUGCUGAUUGAGUCGCUGAUUGAGAGGGUCAGGAGCACACCAAGUCCCAAAGCGGACAAGCUGGACACCAUCAUCGAGUUCGGUACGAAAAUUCAAACCUUGUGUGAUCAUAUCACAGCGGCGAACCUUUUGGAUCACCUCGGCAACCCGACCUUACUGAAGGAUCUGGUUGAAAAGCUGCCGGCGGAGUAUAAAAUGAGAUGGGCGACGUACCGGAAGAAUCGACCGCUGGUGAAUCUGCAAACGUUCGGCGAGUAUAUGGAGGAAGUCGUCGCCGAUGCAUGCAGCGUAUCGUCAUACGGAGGAAGUGAGAGCGAAAGGUUCGCAAAGCGUGAAAAGGGAAGGACACCCGACCGAACUCUUCUUCAUUCCGAUGCCGGGGGAAACAGUAACACGUUAGCGAAAAGUUACAGCAACCGGCCCAUAGAUUCCAGCAACAGCUUCGAGUGUGCGAUUUGCAAGAAGAUCGGACAUCGUGUGAGGGAUUGUACGACAUUCAAGGCACUAGCAAUCGACGAACGUUGGAAGAGGGUUCAAAGUUUCGGAUUAUGCCGAACUUGCUUGUACAACCAUGCCAGACGAUCGUGUCGUGUCACCAAUAGAUGUGGGGUGAACGGUUGCCUAACUCGUCACCAUCCCCUCCUACAUUCCACCCCAAAAGAUACAACGACUUCCAACGUACCGGCACCACUGGACCAUCACUUCCAUAACCGACACCUUCCAUCCUUGUUGUUCCGUAUAAUUCCUGUCGUUUUGUACAGCGGAGCGAACAAAGUAGCUACGUACGCAUUUCUGGAUGAAGGGUCCAAUAUUUCGAUGAUCGAACGGCAGUUAGCAGCGACGCUGAAGGUGACUGGCUACCGGCAUCCGUUGUGCCUUAAAUGGACUGGUAACGUGACGAGGGAAGAGAAUGAUUCGCAGCGGAUUACGAUAGAGAUUUCGGGCACCAAUCAACGAGCACCGAGGUAUAUUAUGACCGAUGUUGGAACCGUGGACUCCCUCGACUUGCCCAGGCAAAGUUUGCCGAUCGAGAAGCUAGCCGAGAGGUUCGGGAAUCUGCGAGGUCUGCCCAUUCAGGGGUAUCACAGUGUUACACCUCAGUUGCUAAUUGGAGUUGACAACCUUAAACUGGCAGUCCCACUCAAGGUAAGAGAAGGCAACGUGGGCGGCCCAGUUGCCGUGAAAACAAGGCUUGGAUGGUGCGUAUACGGAGGUCAUCCGGACGAAGGACAGCUGUCCGUCAACUACCACGUCUGCGAGUGUUCAGAUGGCUAUUCCCUUGACAAAACAUUAAAAGCGUAUUUUUCACUUGAAGAAGCUGGAAUACAACCGACCGGCGCCGGAGUAACUGCGGAAGAUGAGCGCGCCUUACGGAUCCUCGAACAAACUACCCACUAUUCCAAUAAUCGAUACGAAUCGGGUCUGUUAUGGAAAUACGACGAUUUUGAAUUUCCUGACAGCUACCCUAUGGCUGUCAAGCGGUUCGAAUGUCUGGAGCGCAGGUUGGCCAAAGAUCCAAUACUCAACGAAAAUGUUCGGAAGCAGAUCUACGAGUACGAACAAAAAGGCUACGCUCAUCGCGCGUCACCCCAGGAGCUGAACAACGUUGACCUUCGUCGCGUGUGGUAUUUGCCACUUGGAGCCGUAACCAACCCUAGAAAACCCGGAAAGGUGCGGCUCAUCUGGGACGCCUCUGCAAAGGUUGAUGGUGUUUCUUUGAACAGUAUGCUACUGAAAGGGCCCGAUCAGAUGACACUUCUCCCUGCGGUACUUUUCCGUUUCCGGCAGUAUCCAGUCGCCGUAAGCGCCGACAUCAAGGAAAUGUUCCAUCAGGUACGAAUUCGGCCAGAAGAUCGACAUUCUCAACGGUUUGUGUAUCGAGCCGACCCAACGGCGCCGCUGGAAACGUACCUGAUGGAUGUGGCCACUUUCGGAUCAACUUGCUCCCCCGCUACAGCGCAAUUCGUGAAGAAUACGAAUGCCAACCGAUUCACACAGGAAUAUCCCAGGGCAGUUGAAGGAAUCAUCCACAACCACUACGUGGAUGACUACCUUGACAGCUUUGCUACUACUGAAGAAGCUGCUCAAGUCGCGUCACGGGUAAAAGAGAUCCAUCAACAUGGUGGAUUCGAGAUCAGAAAUUGGUGCAGUAACCAACGAGUCGUCUUGGAACAACUUGGAGAGGUCAAGAAACAAACCGUCAUCGAUCUUACCUCCGGUACCGAUAAACAGUCGGAACGGGUCCUUGGAAUUAUGUGGGAUACACAAGAUGACGAAUUCCGAUUCAGCACUUCUUUGCCCGACGAUAUAACCCACCUGCGAAUGCUUGACACCAAACCGACUAAACGGCAACUGGCGCGGUGCGUCAUGUCGUUUUUCGAUCCUCAAGGGUUUUUGGCGCCAUACCUGAUAUUCGGGAAAGUUCUGCUACAAGACACCUGGCGCGAAGGAAUUGGUUGGGAUGAGCAGAUUUGCGAUGGAACGUUCGAGCGAUGGAAGCACUGGCUAGAGAUGCUGGACAUAAUCAACCAAGUGAACAUACCGAGAUGCUACUUCUCCAUGGGUGAUCUUACAACUCUGGACAUCCACACGUUCGUGGACGCAAGCGAAAUAGCGUAUUCGUGUGUUUCGUAUUUCCGGAUAGCGAAUCCCUACGGACCAGCAGAGGUGGCAUUCGUAGCAGCGAAGACCAAGGUAGCUCCCGUCAAACCAACAACCAUUCCCCGUCUGGAACUCAUGGCUUGCGUACUCGGAGUACGGCUAGCCAAAUUCGUGGUCGAUGGACAUUCUCUUCCAGUUCGGAAACAAUUCUUCUGGAGUGACUCCGAGGUCGCAAUGAGUUGGAUUAACGCGGAUCCCCGGAAGUAUCGUCCUUUUGUUGCUUUCCGAGUGGGCGAAAUUUUGGAAAAAUCUAACCGCGAGGAAUGGCGCUGGGUGUCAUCCAAGCUAAACCCGGCCGACGAAGCAACCAAGUGGGGAUCAGGACCGUACUUCGACAAGAAUAGUAUUUGGUACAGCGGACCUGAAUUUCUUCGUCACUCUGAACUCCAAUGGCCACCGAGGAAAACCUACGAUAAGGUGACGGACGAUAUACGCGUCUGCUAUGCUCAUCGCAAUCUAGAAAUACCAGAGCAAUUGCUGGACGUCGAAAGGUUCUCUUCAUGGAAAAGGAUGUUGCGUGUGAUGGCCUAUGUUUGCCGAUUCGUGAACAAUUGUCGAACGUCAAAUACUGGUCAAGAGCGGAAAAUCGAUCACCUGACGCAGUUGGAGUUGCAGAAAGCUGAGGAAUGCUUAUUUCGAGCUGUGCAAUGGGAUUCGUACGCGGACGAACUAGUUAUUCUGACCAAGAACCAACGCCUACCAGUGCAGAAGCGCCAACCAUUGGAAAAGACAAGCGCUCUCUACAAAAUAUCGCCGAUACUAGACACAGAGGGAGUUUUGCGGAUGGACAGCAGGAUUAGUGCAGCUCAACGUAUCCCUGCUGAAAUGAAAUUCCCUGUCAUCUUGCCGAAGCGACAUCGCUUGACCAUGUUGCUUCUGAAGGAUCUUCAUUGCAAGUUGUUGCACGCCAACAAUGAAGCUGUCGUCAAUGAAGCACGGCAACGCUAUUACAUAGCGCAUCUACGGACACAAGUACGACGAGUGUCGAAGGAAUGUCAGAUGUUGCUAGGCUAUCCUCUUACGUUCGUCCUUUCACUUACUGUGGUCUCGACUACUUUGGACCCCUGUUGGUGA